UCAUGGAUUUUAAAUCACUUCUGUAGGAGGCCUCACUGUACACAUGGAGGGCCGCUUGCUGUCUUUAAUCUUUUUGAAUUGAAAGAAAUCUCGACGCGACUUGUGGGGAGGCUCUCAGUUCUCAGAGGCCCCGGCGUCGAUUUUUCAGUUCGAAAACGAAUGCGGCACGGUGAACACAAAAGGAAUACAUUACCGAUAAAUCGAAUAAAUCAAUGCGAACACAAUUCUUUUUUAAAUAUAAUAAAUCUGAACUCAUGACUUGCACGUGGUGCCACUAAACUGCAAAGGUGUAAGAAGUGUAAAUGCGUAAUGAAGCUUGCGAAGGUAGUGCAAGCAAAAAGAGCGGCUAAUGAAUUGCAGCUGAGGUGAUCUGUGAAAAGCUCCUCUCCAGCUCGCUCUCUCUCUCUCCCCCGACUCUCCCGCUCUGUUGAAGGGCAUUCAGUGAAUAUUUCGGCUACGCUUAUCGGAAGCUCGCAAGCUGAUAAGGCUUGCCAACAGAUAAGCUGUUGAAAGCAAGUGGCUGCAAACAAAGCUCAAGAGUGCAGCAACAAAAACAAAAAGGAAAUUCACAAGUCGCUGAAAGUGGAACGCAACAAGAAUAUAUUUAAGAAAAAAAAAGGAAUCAUUAACAACUUAAAAUUUGUACACCUUAAAAAAAAAUAAGAGGAAGACAGCCAGCACACCAUGGGAAGAGAUCGAAUGCCGGAGCUUUUGCGCUCCUUGAGCUCGAAUUCGAACUCCUCGUCCAACGGUUCCCUGCUCCUGAACGUGUACAGUGGAACCACGGAAUACAAGACCAGCACAAGCCCUGGUGGCACCGGCAACAGCUACUCAAUAUCCGGUCAAAAUAAUAAUAAUAAUAACACAAAUACAAAUAAUAACAAUAAUAAUAGUGGCGACAGCAAAGAUCGGGCUAACUAAAUGUCUCAGUAUGGUUCCAAUGUGGAUGAUAUUCUCAAUCCGUACUCUGAGAUUCGGCAGCAACUCGCUCUCAUCGCCGCCAAUUUGGAGGCGAUGAACCGCAUGACCCAAACUAUUAAUCUGCGAACGUUCAACGAAAACGAGAUGGGUGAGCUGCACAAUAAGAAUCUGAGGCUGGGAAACCAGUUAAUGACACGAUUUAAGGACUUUAAGGCAAAUCUUCCGGCGGAGAAUGACUACAGUUUGGAGGCCAGAAUGAAAAGAACCCUGUUCUAUGGCCUUCAUCAAACCUUCAUUAAUCUUUGGCAUAAAAAUGAACUCUUCCUGCAAAACUACGAGUUCAAAGUCAAAAAGAAUCUGCGUCUACACUCUAAAAUAAUCAACUCAGAGGCCAGCGAACAAGAAAUCGAGUUACUCAUUGAAAAUAAAACAACGAAACUCUUUGUGGACAAUAUCCUGCAGGAAACGGAGAAGGAGCGACAGACACUGCGCGAUUUGAUGGACAGAUUCAAUGAGCUUCGUCGCCUGGAGAAGUCCAUCGAGGAGGUGCACGCUUUGUUCAUGCGGAUCCAGACCCUGGUCCUCGAGCAGAGCGAGACGAUCCAACGUGUUGAGUUCCAUGCCCAACAGGCCACCCUGUACGUGGACAAGGGUGCUGACGAACUGGACCAGGCGGAGAAGCACCAGAAGAGGGCUCGCAAGAAAAAAAUAAUGCUCAUUGUGAUACUUGCGGUGGUGUUGUUAGUAUUACUCCUCGUUGGUAUUUAUUUGUGAUGUAAA